AAGCAAAGCAGGCACACACAAGUUGCUCUCUGUCUCUUCCUCCCUAAUACAGCUAUAGGCAGCUCACUCUAGCUAGUGCUCCACUACUAUAAAGCUGCAGUACCAUCAGCUAGCUGCAGAUCGAGGCCGGCAAGAAGAAGGCCGCCGUUGGUUCGAUCGAGCAAUAUAAUGGCGAAGCAGCAGCAGGAGGUGUACUUCGUGUUCAUGAACUUUGACCCCGUCUACGAGCGCCUCCGAGCAGAUCGGUCCAAGGAGGGGUCCGCCACCCUGGACGCGUACCUGAGCCACAAGCACGACAAGCUCCUCGCCAAGCUCCUCCAGCCCGACUCCUACCGGAAGAGGUCGUCUCUCGCCAUCGUCGACGGGUUCGCCGUCGAGAUCACUGAGGCUCAGGCGAGCGUUCUGAGAUCGGCCAAGGAGGUGAGGGUGGUGGAGAAGAACCAGGAGCUCGCUUGACGGCCUACUAGCUACCACGCCAGUCAAACGGCAGGGAUCGGACGGACUAGUUUUUAUGCAUAUAUAGGUGCUGCUUUGGCAUCAGCUAUGGCCGCUAUUGGCGAUAGACUAAGGCAAAGGAGAGUCGUUGAGUUCUCCCUAGCUAGCUAGUCUAUCGCCUCUGCGCGUGUGCAGCUGCAUGCUGUGUGAACUCGCAUGGCUUUUGUUGACUCCCAGGUCAAACUUAGCUGCUGCUUGCUUAGUAUGUAAUGUAGUAACGUAGUAAUAUAUCAUAUACAUACUGGAGGAGGAGUAGUUCUUAGGGUCUAAUAAUGAUGAUCAUCAGAGGACGAUCAACGACUUUAAGACUGAACCCUGUAAUGUUGUGGCUAUAUAUAUAUAUAUAUUUCUGUCAGAACAUUGCUAA